AUGGUAAGACUUUGUCUUUUGAAAGAUCUCAAUGAAGACACUGAUAGGUGUUCCAUCCGUCUAAAGGUUUUUAGGAGGUGGGGUGUUUAUCAGAAAACUUCUCCUAAUGAGCUGUUCUGCAUUACAAUGAUUUUGGUUGAUGAAGUGGACGACCUCAAAUUUGUAGCUCAUUCUACAAGGGUUUUCUUUAACCCUAUGCUGCCAGUGGUUAAGGAGCUCAUAAAAAGUGCAAAGGACAAGUUAUCCCCCAGCAUCUCGAUGCUGUCUCAACAAAUUCCUUCUCAAUCUUCCCAACCUUUGGUUGCAUGUAUGGUCCAGAAUAACAAGAGGAUGGACAUAGUACAGAUUGAGCUUAAUGCAGGGGAUGAACCUUUUAUUGUCAAUUGCAGAGUUCUAAAGCUUGAAACACAUUAUGGAUGGACAUACGAUGGUUGCACAAAAUGUCGUACAAAACCAAAGGAAGAGAAUGGAUCUGCAUACUGUUCAAACUGCAAGAAGAAGCCGAUAGCAGUUGAGCUAAAGUUGAAAGUCCAUUAUGUUGUUGGAGAGGAUACUGGGAAAACAUCUGUGAUAUUCUGGGAUAAGCUUGCUGUCCAACUUUUUCAGAAGAAUGCAUUUGAGAUGAAAGUUAUACUUAAGCAGGAGGAUCGUGAGUAUGAUUUCCCUUAUGACCUUGAUGAGUCUAACAUAGAGGAUAUUGAUGAGGGUAGUCCAGCAUUUGAUAGUAGUACAAAUACAGAGAGCUUAACGAACCAUGCAAAUGCACAAAAAAAUCAAGAUAAUGUGACAUUAGCAGAUAUAUCUAAGGAAGUAUCUGCUUCAUCAAACAAAGGAAAAAGGAAGACUGCUCAAAAGAGGACCCCAACUGCCAAUGAUCGUUCUGUCAACACCAAUGAUCCCUCUUCUUCUAACACUGAUCAGAGGAUUGUGAAAGUAAAGCAAGAGAAGAAGUAG